AGGGUAAAAAAUGAGUGUAUAACCUCAAAUUGUGCGUGCCACAGAGACCCCCAAAAAUUGUACAUAUAUUUAUACAAUUGUUUGUUGAUUCAUCAUCGUUGAAAGAGAGAAAUUUCACAGCAAUAAUGGCAUCAUUUACAGUGUGGGAUUAUGUUGUGUUUAUUGUGAUGCUCAUGAUCUCGGCAGGAAUUGGAGUGUACUACAGGUUUACGGGUGGAAAGCAGAAGACAACCAAUGAAUACCUCUUAGCUGAUAGGAAUAUGAGUGUGUGGCCGGUAUCUUUUAGUUUAAUGGCAAGUUUCAUGAGUGCCAUCACAAUUCUCGGGGUUUCAAUGGAAAAUUAUCAAUUUGGUACCCUUUUUGUCAUUAUCAAUAUCUCCUACGGAUUGGCUACGCCAAUUGCAUCUCAUCUGUACCUUCCAGUCUUCUACAAGUUACAAGCCGCUAGUGCCUAUGAGUACCUGGAAAGACGCUUUGGAAGAGCCACAAGGCUCUGCGCUAGCAUUGCUUACUCUCUUCAGAUGAUUUUGUACAUGGGAAUUGUACUCUAUGCUCCUGCCCUUGCCCUGGAGGCUGUCACUGGAAUGUCAAAAGUGGCUGCAAUCCUUGCCAUAGGACUUGUCUGCACUUUCUACUCAACAAUUGGAGGGAUGAAGGCUGUUCUCAUCACUGAUGUUUUUCAAUCAAUCCUCAUGUUUGCUGCCGUCUACAGCAUUAUCAUUGUUGCGGCUAUAAUGGCUGGUGGUUUUGGUGAAAUUUGGCGAGUGGCUGAUGAAGGAAAGAGAAUAGAGUUCCUUAAUUUCGACCCUGAUCCGACUGUUCGGCAUACUUGGUGGUCCUUGAUAAUCGGUGGGGCAUUUACCUACCUCUCACUCUACGCCGUGAAUCAAACUCAAGUCCAACGUUUGCUGACUGUGAGAUCUCUGAAAGCAUCUCAGGGAGCUCUAUGGCUAAAUUGGCCAAUUCUUUCCCUAUUGAGUUUCAGUACAUCUUUCAGUGGUCUAGCCAUUUACUAUUACUACGCCAAAUGUGAUCCCUACCUCCAGGGCAGAAUCUCAUCGAGGGAUCAACUUAUGCCAAUUUUUGUCGUGGACACAAUGCACGAGUAUUCCGGACUUCCAGGACUCUUUGUCUCAGGAAUCUUUUCGGCAAGUCUGUCAACUGUGUCUGCUGCCCUCAAUUCCCUUGCUGCUGUCACCCUGGAAGAUUAUAUCAAGCCUCUCUACCGUAUUGUCAAAAAGCGGCCAAUGGUUGAGUCCCAGUCGACCCUACCUUCAAAAUUCAUGGCCUGUAUCUAUGGGUUGAUUUGUGUAGGGAUGGCUUUUGGAGCUCAGUCUCUGGGAGGAGUUCUACAGGCAUCUCUAACAGUAUUUGGAGUUGUGGGUGGACCGCUCUUUGGUCUCUUUACUCUCGGAAUGUUCAAUACAGUUGCUACUCAAAGGUCUGCAAUUCCUGCUGUUCUGACUGGCUUAGCUUUUUCUAUGUGGAUUGGAUUCGGUCAGCCGAAGCCACCAGUGAAAAUGUUAGAUUUCAGCGUUGAGGGCUGUACUGAUCCUCGCUACAAUUCCUCCUUUUACUCAUUCGCACCAUUCUCUGAAGCUCAAACAGCUCGCUUGGAAUCUUUGAGUACUCCUCAAGAUGAUUCUGAUUACUUUUGGCUCUACCGACUCUCUUACUUGUGGUACAGUGUCCUGGGAUUCCUCGUUACGCUAUUUAUCGGCCUAAUUUUGGCCUAUGUUCUCAAGUGGCUGAAACUCGAGGGAAAGUCGACUAUCUACGAAGAUGGGAACAAGGAAUGCAUCAACACAGAUCUGUUCUCCCCACCGAUCGCUUGGCAGCUGAAGAAGCGCUAUGCCAAGUACAUCCAGAACGGCGGCAUGGUGAGUGUCAAUAAAUAUUUACAUAAAGAUUCUCGUAAAAAAAUGAAUGAGCUAAUAUGUUUCUACCGGGCAGGUUGAUGUGUCGAGCACCAAAAUGAUUAGCGAAAACACCAAGUUCUAGAUUUUUUUUUGUAUGUAAUUUGCUGACGAGAAUCGUUUUACAAUGAAUUUAUAAUGAGUAUUACAUACUCUAUAUUUAGUUAAUUAUUUAUACUACAAAAUCUUGUAUUUAGUUUUCCCAUGAGAUUGUUUUUUGAUCACUCAGUUAUAGAUGUUAGUUUAUGGCUCAAAUUAAUGUUUUUUUUUUUUGGGGUAUAUUAAAUAACUAAAACUCUGUGCUAGGAAAUAAGAAAAGAAGUCUUCCACAAUAUACAAGAAAGCAAGUAGUGUCUGAUGGAUGUACUUAUGAAAAUUAGGUAAUAAAUGGUAUGUGAACAAGUGAUUAGCAAAUACAACGGCAUUUCCAUGAAAAA